GGAGUCAAGGGCACAAGAAGGGUGCUCGAACCCCCAAGGCUUCAAAGCAGGCUGGAAUGAAUUGGGCAGACCUACUUCCUCCUCCCCCUGUACAUCCACCUCCCCAUAGUAAUAGUGAAGAUUAUAGUAUUUCAGUGAAUGAAAGCUAUGACCAGGAGAUCCCAUGCCCGGUACCACCAGCAAGAAUGUAUCUACAGCAGGAUGAGCUGGAGGAGGAGGAAGAUGAACGAGGUCCCACACCACCAGUUCGAGGAGCAGCUUCAUCUCCAGCAGCAGUGUCCUAUAGCCAUCAGUCUACUGCCACGCUAACUCCUUCCCCCCAAGAAGAACUCCAGCCUAUGUUGCAGGAUUGCCCAGAAGAAAUAAGCCACUUGCAACACCCACCGGACCGGAG